AUGCAGCCCCCAGGAGUACCGUUUGCUUGGCUCACGCUGCCCCUGCUUGUCCAGGCGACCCCCGAUGGCUCUUGGUGCUAUGAUUCCCAGAAUCCCCAAUGUGGCCCCUCACAUUGGAAGGAUGUAGCCCCCACCUGUGGGGGCUCAGCUCAAUCACCCAUCGACAUUGACCGGCGCCAAGUGAAGCUGGAUCGGGGCCUGGGCCCUUUUAUAUUUGAAGGAUAUGACUCAGCACCCCCAGGUCCCUGGAAGCUCCUGAAUGACGGACAUACUGUGAAGCUGAAUCUGGAGAGGGUCGGAGGCCAAGAACAGGAUCACCUGUGCAUCCAGGGAGGGGGCCUGCCUCACAUCUACUGUGCCCUGCAGCUUCACUUCCACUGGGGCAGCCCCACAGGCAAUGGCUCUGAACACACUCUGGAUGGGCAGCGUCAGCCUAUGGAGAUGCACAUGGUCCAUAUGAACACCCUCUACCGGAGUCUGGACGAGGCCCGGGGUCAUCCUGGUGGCUUGGCUGUGUUAGCCUUCCUGUUCAAGGUGCAGAGUGAGGACAAUGCCAACUACAACACCAUUGUGUCUGGGCUGAGGAACAUUUCUCACCAGGGGGAGUCUGUGGAAUUGGCAUCCACCUUCCGCCUGGACAAGCUGCUGCCUGGCCGUGCCCUUCUCUCCCGCUACUACCGCUACCCCGGGUCUCUGACCACACCAGCUUGUGAUGAGGUUGUCCUCUGGACUAUCUUUGAGGAGCCUGUCCCCAUUGGCAGGGCUCAGCUGGCCCAGUUCGUGUCCACCCUUCAGGCCAGUCCCCCAGAUGCUCAAGCCAUCAGCAUGAUCAACAACUUUCGUCCAACUCAGCCGAUUGGGGCCCGAAGGGUCUUGGCCUCCCCGGAUGCCACGGUCAGCAGUGCCCCACCCUUCCCCCUCCGCAUGGAGAUGUGGGCCCUGCUCUGCCUGCUCCUCAGCAUGGGGGGUGGGCCUGGCUUGGGAGGAGUGCUUUGA